GGAGAGUCAGACCUAUUCACCGUUUUUGUCAUCAACUUAUUAGGCAAUUUACUUUUAAUAUAGUCGUGAGAAAACUAACUUAAAAUAGUUUGUUAUCUGAGUAAAGUAAAUUUAAACCUCCAGUACGCAUACUUUUUCGUUUUCGACAAUGCUAGGAAACUCUAAAGUAUCAACAAAUGGAAAUACUAGCGAAGGAGAGACAGAAAAACAGCUACUUCGUUUAAAGCAUUUAGUUGAAAAGACUUCCAUCUAUUCUAAAUUUUUGUAUGAAAGGAUGAAGGAACAGCAAGAGAUAAAGGUCAAGGAAAAACUGAGAACUCAAAAUAGGUUAACUAAGAAACUCAAGUUAGAAUCUUCUAAAAUAAAACUUACACCAGAAAAAUGUCAAAGCCUUGCUUCUUCGGCUAAAGUAUCAAUGUUUAGAACCAAGGAAAAAGGUGGUGACUCUGUUGUUUUAAAAAAGGCUUCCCAGUCUAUAAAAAAACCGAGCAAUAAGUACACUAUUGCGGACUACUUAACCGAAGCUGAUUUUGAUUUAACUUUGAAGGAUUCUUCAGAUUUUGCUAGUGAGGCAGAAUCAGUGGACAGUUAUUCCCGCAUCAUCAAUGGCCAACGCGCGUCCGACAGACAGCCGGAACUCGUGACGGGCGGCGUCUUAAGGGACUACCAAUUAGUGACAAUUCAGUUCCACCGCCUUUACUUUUUUUUAGAAGAGAAAUUUUUAAUGUGAAAAAACACAGAAUAAGGCUUUUGUAAAUUUAAUUACCGCUUGCUCCCUUGUACUGCUCUGUACAGCGCC